UUUCAUUUCAACCUCUCUGAGAAAGGAAGCCACAACUCCGAUCAAAAAAUGGGGAGUCGAAUGGGAAGACGAGUGGUUCAUUUCGCGAAUCUUCCGAUCAAGCUUCUGAUGCCGACUAAACUGACUAACAUCCACGAAUUCGCGCUGAAAACGAUCCCAUCCGCGACCAAGAUCGAGAUCAAGCGAGUCCUGGAGUCUCUCUACGGAUUCGAGGUCGAAAAGGUGAACACUUUGAACAUGGACGGGAAGAAGAAGAAGCGCGGUGGUCUGUUGAUUGCCAAGGCGGACUACAAGAAGGCUUACGUCACGCUCAAAAACCCUCUGUCGAUUUCCAAGGAUCUGUUUCCCGUGAAGUACAUCGAGGAAGAUAGGAAGAGUAAAGUGAAAGGAUCUAGCUUUGUUGAGGAGGAAGAUGAUAAGAAGAGUCACUGGCUUGAUCAGAAGGAGAAGAGGGAAGUCGGUGGUUACCGUAAUGGUAAUGGUAAAGGUCGUCGCGGCGGUGAUAGGUCUACUUCGCCGGCGAGAGGUGUUGCUCCUGCUGCUGCUGCGACGGCGGGGGCCAAGUUUCCGUGGAGCAACAUGAGAUUUGGUGGCAAGUAAUGUUUUUUUUUUGCUAGGGUUUAUGACCAAACUGUUAUCUGGGAUUUUUGUUUCUGUUGCUUGCUUGAAGUUUCUGUCUUAAAUUCAGACGAGUUUGAUUGUGGAUUUUAUAAUCUCAAAUAAAUUCUUGAAUUGCAAUUUGCUAGAAUGCAUAAUCAGAGAUUACUUCGUCUCUGCAAUUGAGUUUCUGUUCAAUCAC